AUGGCUUCGGCGACAGUGUUCAAACUUCCAGGGGUAGCCCUCAUCACGGGUGCAGGCGGCACUGGUAUUGGUGCUGCUGUGGCAAGGGGGUUUGCUCGAUCUGGUUGUUCCCGAAUCGCCAUUACAGACCUCAAUGGUGACUCCCUACGGGCUACCCAAAAUGCCAUACUCGAAAUCAAUCCACAAGCGGAAGUCACCGCACGCGAGGGUGAUAUAUCGGAUGAGUCCUUUGUCAGCUCAUUCGUGGCCGAUGUAGCCAAGACCUAUACUCGUAUCGACUAUGCCGUCAACUGCGCCGGCAUCCUGACCGAGUCGGCAAGGUCAACAGAAAUGCCCGUGUCGGUCUUUGACGCCGUCAACAAUGUAAACUACCGAGGCACCUGGCUGUCAUCGCGAGCCGCACUGGCAGCAAUGCUGAAACAGGAGCCUCUCACUCCGGGGGGUAUUACCCGGGGCGCCGUCGUCAACAUUGCCAGCCAGCUCGGCAUCGUGGCGCGGCCCGGCGCCGCGGCGUAUUGCGCUUCCAAGGCCGCUAUUGUCAACAUGACCCGGUCCGACGCCAUUGACUACUCUCCCGACGGCAUCCGCGUGAACUGUGUGUGCCCGGGCGUUAUUGAUACACCCAUGACCACGAGCUCCGAGGAGAUGCGGGAGCGACUUCGCCCCGCCGUGGACAUUGCGCCCAUGCGGCGGAUGGGAACACCCGAGGAGGUCGCUCAUGCCGUCUUGUUUCUCUGCUCCCCCGAGGCAUCUUUCAUUCAAGGACAUGCGCUAGUGGUGGAUGGAGGAUAUACCAUAAAUUAA